GGGCGGCGGGCGGCGGGCGGCGGGCGGACGGCGGACGGCGGACGGGGGCCUGCGCUCACGGCUGGUGCGCUCCAUGGAGGGGCCCGCCCGGGAGGCACGGCCCGAGGACGGCGCGGGCCCGGCCGCCGGCAGAGAGGACCUCAGCAGCCGGAUUAAAGAACAAAAGAUUGUUGUGGAUGAACUUUCCAACCUGAAGAAGAACAGGAAAGUAUACAGGCAGCAACAGAACAGCAACAUAUUCUUUCUUGCUGAUCGAACCGAAAUGCUUUCUGAAAGCAAAAAUCUAUUAGAUGAGCUGAAAAGAGAAUACCAAGAAAUGGAAAACUCAGAGAAGACCAAGAUCAAGAAAUAGUCCGCUUGACUUCACAUCACCAUGUGUGGCAUUUGCUGUUCUGUCAGCUUUUCUCCUGGACAUUUC